CGAGCAUCUGACCCGCGCCAGCCCAAUUGUGUUCGCCUGCUCCGCAGAGGACGCCUGCCGCGAUGUCCGAGACCGCUCCCGCCGCCGCGCCCGAUGCGCCCGCGCCCGGCGCCAAGGCCGCCGCCAAGAAGCCGAAGAAGGCGGCGGGCGGCUCCAAAGCCCGCAAGCCCUCGGGCCCCAGCGUCACCGAGCUGAUCACCAAGGCCGUGUCCGCCUCCAAGGAGCGCAAGGGGCUCUCCCUGGCUGCGCUCAAGAAGGCGCUGGCGGCCGGCGGCUACGACGUGGAGAAGAACAACAGCCGCAUCAAGCUGGGGCUCAAGAGCCUCGUCAACAAGGGCACCCUGGUGCAGACCAAGGGCACCGGCGCCUCCGGCUCUUUUCGGCUGAACAAGAAGCCCGGAGAAACGAAGGAAAAAGCGCCGAAGAAGCGGGCAGUGGCGGCCAAGCCCAAGAAGCCGGCGGCCAAGAAGCCCGCGAGCGCCGCCAAGAAGCCCAAGAAGGCGGCGGCGGUGAAGAAGAGCCCCAAGAAGGCAAAGAAGCCGGCGGCCGCCGCGGCCAAGAAAGCGGCCAAGAGCCCCAAGAAGGCUGCCAAGGCUGGCCGCCCCAAAAAAGCGUCGAAGAGCCCGGCCAAGGCGAAAGCGGUGAAGCCCAAGCCAGCGAAGGCCAAGGCGACGAAGCCCAAAGCGGCCAAGGCGAAGAAGGCGGCGCCCAAAAAGAAGUAAAUGAUACUGGAAGGAAGAGUCCUGCUCUACAUAUUUUGUUACCAAACGGCUCUUUUAAGAGCCACCCACACUAUCCCUAAAGGAGCUGAGGCACCAACGUCAUCAGUAACCUGCAGCAAGGAUCCACUAAUUCGUAAGUCGUCCGAGGUUAAACGUAUCUCUUUUUUUUUUCUUUUUUUUUUCCCCUACGAGUACCGAAACAAACUAAUAUGCACGGUAUAGCGCGGCGGCUUUAGGGAAGUGCAGAUAUUUGCAUCUUUUUGUGGAGUAAUUGGUUUGACUUUUAACAGGAAGAAAUGUUUUAUAAUAAUGAUUUGAUAAAGAUCGGAUGUAACUUUUUUAAUAUAUUUUGUAACAAAAGUAAUUGUCAGGCACGCUACUACUGAGCCAUGUAUAAUCCAUUGUAUUUCUAAGGUGUUGCCUUUAAAUGCUUUUGUCUAUUCGCGUGGGGGGAAGGAGGGGGAGAGGCGCCUUAUUGACCAGGAAACGUCCCUGAGCUCUCCUAUCCUUUUGUUCCUGUUGAAAAAGAAAGAGGUAUUGGAAAAGCCCGCCCUGACCAAGGAUUGGCCAGAGGAGAGCCCAGGCCGCUGCCCCUUCCCCCCUCACCCUCCCUCCCCGAAGAAGAUCACGCCUUGCAUCUCCGAGCUGAUUCAGCCAGUCGUACGGACGGGAAAGGCGGAAGCGGAGGGGAGGGAAGGGAAAGGGGGGGAGCUCUCACCGAAACGCAUUGUUCUAGUGUUCUCUGGUUUAAGAACUGAGUGUCACACCGCAUACCGGAAGGAACUUUCUUUGGCUGGACAUUCUGGCACCGUUUUGUUUUAAGGAUAAGGUUGAAAACAUUGUUACUUUCCCAAGUCAAAAAUUCUGAUAAUAAACGUAUAAAAAAACCA